AUGAGAUCAGCUCUUGACACUCUUGCUGCCACUGGUUUGCCUAUUUGGCUCACUGAGGUUGACGUCCAAGCUCCUCCAAAUGUCCAGGCCAAAUUUUUCGAGCAGGUCCUAAGGGAAGGCCAUGCGCAUCCGCAAGUGAAAGGAAUGGUGACUUGGAGUGGUUAUUCACCAUCAGGUUGCUACCAAAUGUGCCUGACCGAUGGAAACUUUAGGAACCUACCCACAGGAGAUGUUGUGGACAAACUUCUACGUGAGUGGGGAGGGCUUCGUGGGCAAACCACAGGUUUAACUGAUGCUGAUGGAUUCUUUGAAGCUUCACUCUUCCAUGGUGACUAUGAUAUCAAUAUUGCUCAUCCUCUCAGUAAUUCAAUUGCUUCUCACAGCCUUAAGUUGACGUCUGAUGACUCUCAACCAUCUCCUUUUGUCGUUCAUGUUUGA